GAAGCGCAAACGGAGCAAACAGACCUGUUGGAUUUACCAGUGCAAAAAGUGAAUGAGGAAGGGAAUGUAUCAAUAAGUUUGCCAAUACAAGGAGUAGUAAAUGGAGAAGUAGGAAUAAAGGAAGAAGUAUUGGUCAAGGAAGUGUCUAAAAGACAUGUAGAAUUAACGAAUUCAAAAAGAAAGAAAUCACAGCACCUUUGUGAAAUAUGCGGCGAAAUUUUUCCUCGAUCAGACACUAUGAAAACCCAUAUGAGGACUCAUACUGGCGAAAGACCACACAUUUGUGAAAUAUGCGGCAAAAGUUUCAUUCACUCAUUCGCAUUGAAAAGGCAUAGGAUGACUCAUACCGGCGAAAGAUCGUACAUUUGUGAAAUAUGCGGCAAAAGUUUCAUUCAAUCAUCCGAUUUGGGAAAGCAUAGGAGGACUCACACUGGUGAAAAACCAUACAUUUGUGAAAUAUGCGGCAAUAGUUUUCCUCGAUUAGACAGUAUGAAAAUCCACAUGAGGACUCAUACUGGCGACAAAACAUAUAUUUGUGAAAUAUGCGGCAAAAGUUUCAUUCAAUCAUCCCCACUGAAAAGGCAUAUGAGGACUCAUACUGGCGAAAGGCCAUACAUUUGUAAAAUAUGCAAGAGAAGUUUCACACGCAAAAUUAGUUUGCAAACACACAAACAGAAACAUUUGAAAGAAACAUAG